AUGGCAGGAGGAAAACCAGGAAAGGGAAUGAUGACAGUGAAAGCGGAGCCUGAGGAGGAAGGGGUGAGUUUUGAGUCGACUCAAAUUACUCGUGGAACGGUGGCAGUGAGUCAAGAUACACGUGGAACGAUGGCAGUGGCUCAAAAUACACGUGGAAUGGAGACAGUGAAAGCGGAGCCUGAAGAGGAAGGGGAGCGGAUGGAUAGGUGGAGGGGGGAGGGAGGGGAGGAGUCAUCGAGUGAAGACGUGAUAGUUGUAGAGGAAUAUGUUGAAGUGGAGGAGGGAGAGGAGGGGGAGGAGAGGGAGGAGGGGGACGAAGUGGAGGAGGGGGAGGUGGGAGAGGAGGAAAUAGAGGAGGGAGAGGAAGUGGAAGAGGGGGAGGUGGGAGAGGAGGAGGAAGAGGAGGAGGACGAGGAAAAAAGGAGGGAGGUGGAGGAGGACGAUGGGGUUCCUGUGGGGGUGAAAAGAGAUCCGGAUGGAUUUGAAGCGGUUGCUGUUCAACACGAGGAGGGAAAGAAAAGCAGAAUUGGGAAGGAAGAUGUGGAAGCUGGGGGUUCUCCUGAAGUGAGGGUGAAAAAAGACCCAGGUCUACGUGAAACAGAAAAGGAGGAGGCUGAUCAAUGUCAUGAGGAGGAAAAGAGAAGGGGGCUUGGGAGGACGAAUGGGAAGUUGGAUGGAAAAGCGGAUGUGGGCGCUGGUGGAGGGAAGGGCAAGGCUGUUGCUGUCACACCAACUGCUGCAAGGCAGGAGGCAAAGCUGAAUCCCCGCACAGGGAUGGGUGUUGGAGAAAUGGAAUGGAGAAAAGCGGGUGACAGUACAGGGCUGGGUGUGCUCGGGGUUUCAGGCUCGGAUCUCCGCCUCGGCAGCAGCAUGCAGAGCGGGAAGAGUGUAGAGAGUGCCCCGGCCAGGGCCAGCCCUGCCAGGGAGCAGCGUUUGAAGGUGGGACGAACGGGGCUGGAAGCACUGGGGAGUGCGGGCGGUGAUGGCAGGGGCAGCAGCACGCAGAGGGGGAAGAGUGUGGAGAGUGCGCCUGCCAGGGCCAGCCCUGCCAGGGAGCAGCGUUUGAAGGUGGGACGAACGGGGCUGGAAGCACUGGGGAGUGCGAGCGGUGAUGGCAGGGGCAGCAGCACGCAGAGGGGGAAGAGUGUGGAGAGUGCGCCUGCCAGGGCCAGCCCUGGCAGGGAGCCGCAUUUGGUGGUGGCACGAAUGGGGCUGGGAGCAGUGGGGAGUGCAGGCGGUGAUGGCAGUGGCAGCAGCACGCAGAGAGGGAAGAGCGUAGAGAGUGGGCCUGCCAGGGCCUGCCCUGUUAGCGCUGAUGGCAGUGGCAGAAGCACACAGAGAGGGAAGGGUGUGCAGGGUGUGCGAAUCAUUCCUACCAGUCCUGGCAAAGGGGGCGUUGCGGUGGGAGGAACGGGGCUGGAAACACUGCGUGGUGCAGGCGCAGAUUGCAGCGGCAGCAGCACGCAAAAAGCGAAGAGCAUAGAGAGUGCUCCCACCAGGGCCAUCCCUGCUGUGGAGCAGCGUUUGGAGGAUGGCCUGGGAGGACGGACGGGCCUGGGGGCACAGAGUGGGCCAGCCAGGGCCUGCCCUGCCAGCGCUGAUGGCAGUGGCAGAAGCACGCAGAGAGGGAAGGGUGUAGAGAGUGUGCCGGUUAGGGCCAGCUCUCCCACCAGGGCCAUCCCUGCUCUGGAGCAGCGUUUGGAGGCUGGACGAACGGGGCUGGGGGCACUGGGGAUUGCAGGUGCGGUGGCGGUUCAAAAGACAUCUGGGGGUGUUGCUUCCUUGGGUGCAGCUGGAGAAGGGAGGGCUGUUCGUGUGUCAGGUUUGAGAGUUCUCGGAAGUGACACAGGUGCGAUUGGGGUUGAAAAGUCAUCUUGGGGUGUGGGUUCGAUGGAUGCAGCUGGAGAAGGGAGGGCUGUUCGUGUGUCAGGUUUGAGAGUUCAAAACAGUGGCGCAGGUGCCGUGGUGACUCAAAAGGCAUCUGGGGGUGAAGCUUCAAUGGGUCCAAGAGGGGAAGGGAGGGCUGUGCGUGUGAAGGAGGAGGCAGUGGAGCUAGGGGAGGAGGGAGGGAGGAGUGAUGUUGCGCAUGUGGUAACCACGUCAAAUGGUAGUGGUGGUGGUGCUGUUAUGCAGGUCGUAACCAGAGCAGGUGAUCCUGGCGCGAGCACAUUGGGUGGUGCUGCUGCUGGUGUUGUUGUAUCAGCUGCAACCAAGUCAGUUCAUGAGGCGCCUAAAAAGUCAGGUGAUCCUGGCGCUAGCACAUUGGGAGCUGCUGCUGGUGUUGUUGUAUUAGCUGCAACCAAGUCAAAUUUGGCUCAGAUGCGCUUAAGACGUUGUAGUGGGGAGGCGAAUAAGGUGAAUGCGUGUGCUGCGGGUGCAAGUGUUGUCGGUGCAAGUGUUGUCGGUGCAAGUGUUAGGAUUGCUACCGGUGCAAGUGUCACUGCUCUGUGUGUGCUUGGGGGAGUGGGAAGAGUGGAAGGAGGAGGGCCAAAACGCAUGGUGCGAGGAAGUGGGGGUGGGAGCGUUAAAGAAGAACCACUGGAGUUGGGUGAUGGGGGAGUGGGAGUGUUAGGAGGAGCAGAGGCGAAUCGGAUGAGGGAUACGGAUAGAGCGGAGCAAAGGGAGAAGGAAAAUGAGGAGGGAGGGGGAGUGGUGCGAGGAAGUGGGGAUGGUGGAAAGGUUAAAGAGGAGCCAGUGGAGGUGGGUGGUGGGGGUGGGGGAGAGGGAGGGAUAGGAAUUGAGGGGAGUUGGAUGAAGGGUAAGAGCCGAGAGGAGGAGGGGGGGGUGGAAGGGGAGGAGGAAGAGCAGGAAAUGGGAGAGGAAGGGGAGGAGGAAUUGGAGGAGGGGGUAGAGAUUGAAGAGGGGAUGGAGAUCGGAGAGGAGGCGGAGGAUGAAGAGGAGGAGGAGGGUGAAGUGGGGGAAGAUGAAGGAGAGGAGGAAGAGGAGGAAGAGGAGGAAGGGGAGGUGAGAGAAAGCGAGAUGGAGACGGAUGAAGAGAGCAAUGAAGGUGCAGGAGGUAGGAAUAGGGAGGAAGGGCAAGGGGGAGAGGAGGUGGAGAGGGGAGUGGUAAGGGAGGAGAGGGAAGAGGAGAGAGAAGCAGAGGGAGAAAUGGAGGGAGAAGAUUGGCGGAGACAGGAUCAGGAGGGAAAGGGGGGGGAAGGGGGAGAGGAAGGAGAGGAGGGGGAGGAGGGGGAGGAGGGAGGGAUGGGGGAGGAGAUGGAAGAAGCAAAAGAAAGGCGGGGGGGAAGGGAGGCGCAGACGAAUUAUUGGCAGGUGAAAGAAGAAGCAUUGGAGGUGGAUGGGGGAGUGGGGGAAAGGAGAGGCUAUGGCGGAGAGUGGGAGAUGGGGAAAGCCGGUGGGGAGGAGGGGGAAGAGGGUGAGGAGGGCAAGGGGAAGGAGGAGGAAGGGGAGGGCAAGGGGGAGGGAAAAAAACUGACAAGGCACAGGCAGGUGCAAGAGAAAGAAGCAGCGGAAGUGAAGGGAGUUUUUGAGAAUUCUCAAAAACACCCUGCAGCAUCAGUGACAAGGCACAGGCAGGUGCAAGAGAAAGAAGCAGUGGAAGUGAAGGGAGGAGUGAAAGAGAGAGGAGGCUGUGGAGGAGCAUGUGAGAUGGAGACAGGUGGUGGGAUGCAGGGCGAGGAGGGGGAAAAAGGGGAGGAGGGUAUGGGGGAGGAGGGAGGGAAGGACAAAGGGGAGGAUGAGGGGCAGAUAAAACACUGGCAGGACGAAGAGAAAGAAGCAAUGGAAGUGAAGGGGAGAGUGGAUGAGAGAGGGGGUUAUAGAGGAGAGUGUGAGGUGGAGAAAGACUGUGGGGAGGAAGGGGACGGGGGGGAGGAAAGGGAGGACGGGGGGGAGGACAAUGAGGGCGAAGAGUACAAGGAGGGGGAGGAGGAGGAGAGAAAAGAGGUGGAGGAGAGAAAAGAGGUGGAGGAGAGAAAAGAGGUGGAGGAGAGAAGAGAGGUGGAGGAGAAGAAGGGCGAGGUUUGCGAUGAUGUUAAGGAGGGUAAGGGGGAAGGAGAGCUGGAAAAAGGGGAGGCGCCAGUUCGAGGGGAGAUGAAUGGGGGGGGCAAGAGUGCUUGCAGGGAGGGUGAUGAGCAGCGAGGAAUGGCAGGGCAGGAAGUAACGGGAAGGCAAGGAGGUUCAGGAGGGAAGGGAGGUUCAACAACGCACGGAGGAACAGGAGGGCAGCAGGACGGUGAAGCGGAGAAAGCAGCGGCAGCUGAGCAAGCAGGGGGAGGAGGAGGAGAAGGAGGAGGAGGAGAAGGAUGGCAAGAAGGAGGGAAGGGAUUAGAGAAGGGAGGAGGGGAGGGAGAAGCAGCGGAUCAUGACACCUGCAAGACAGCUCCUGAAGCUGCAGCGGUAGCCUCCCACACGACUUUUGAAGCGCCACAACAUCCAGUUUUCCACACAACACCUGUCAAGGCUCAAGAAACAGUCGCUCCUCCAAAGGCUCCUAGGCUUUCCAAGGAGCUAAACCGGCUCCUGCAUGAUGCGUGCAAGACAGCAGAGCAGGCAGCAACUGCUAUCUCUUCUCGGCAAGCACAGGCUGCUCUGGGGGCCGCAUGGCAAGCGCAGAGUGCUGUAGCGUCGCCAUCGUCACAAGAAAAUGCUGGGGAUGCUCGAAAAAGGCACUUACAGACUGCUGUGGAGUUGUUGUCACAGGGAGCAGUGGCAGGGAGGGAGGAGGAGAGAGGAGGAGGAGUGGUGGAGGGGAAGGGAGUGGCGGGUGAGGAGGGUGAAGGAAGGGGGGAGGAGGAGGAGGUGGGGGGAGGAGAUAUGCAGUGUGAGGAUUACUGCUUUGUGUGCUACGAUGGCGGUGACCUGGUGGCAUGUGAUAAGAGAGGCUGCCCCAAGGCGUACCAUCCAGAGUGCACCGGGCUGCCCAAAAAGGUUUUCGAGUCUUCUGCCCCUUGGACUUGUGCUCAAUUCGCUGCCCGACUCGCCUGGGGCAGGGUUUCGGGCGCGGAGGGAGGGAAGGGCAGGAGAAGAAGCUGGGAGGGGAGUGGGAUUGCUGGUGCGGAGAGGCAUGAUGGGAAGGAGGAGGCGAGGGGGAACGAGGUGGAGGGUGGGAGUGGGGUUGGAUUGAUUGUAGAGGUGCCUAAACAAAUGCAGGAUGGGAAUGAUGAGGAAGCGAGGGAAAAGGGGAUGGGGGGGGAGAGUGGGGAUGGUAAAGGGAGGGAAGGAGCGAGGGAGGAUGGGGAAAGUGGAAGGGAGAGGGGGCGUAAGCGGGGGAGAGAGAGUGGAACAGAAGAGGAGAAUGGAACAGAAGAGGAAGGUGUGGAGGAGGAACCAGAGGGGGAAAGGGGGCAAGAUAGUGCAAAGGAGAGGGGAGGUGAGGAUGCCGACGAGGAGAAUGUGGGGAGGAAUGCGGAUGAGAAGGGGUUGUCAGAGGGGGGGAGUAUCUGGUGGGGCAGGGAAGGCGAGGAGAGGAGGGAAGGGAGUGUGGGGUGGAGGCUGGAACAGCUGGAGGAAGGAGGCCGGAAGGUUCUGGGGCUGUGCGGCGCAUGCUAUGUGAAGGUGGCGAUGAUUCAGCACGGCAUCGAGAGGACUCCCACUGGCGUGAGUAGUGCUGUCUUGUCAACCCCACCCUGUGUCAGUUCCUAUCCUACCCAGCGUGUCCUAGACAUGGACAACACCUAUUCCCCUGCGUGGUAUUUCAAAGACUAUCACUCGGUGAUGCGCGAUUGGGAGCGGUUGAUGAUCGACGUGGGGAAGGCUCCUGAUGACUGGGGCUCUCUCAGAGAGAGAUGGCUGUGUGGGAUAGAGCUGGCAGUGGAAGGAGCACCAUACGCAGCCAUCAACGAUCGCAAUCUGACCCAGAUUUUCCUUAGGCGCAGGCACAUGGAGGUUGCUGAGAGGCUCGGGUUAGAAAAGGCUUCUGAGCUGGGAGGCAGCUUGGAGAGGAGUGCAGAGGCGUUGAGAGGGAUGCUGGUGGGCGGACUGGCUCGGUUGCGGUGUUCGGAUGUGUUUGAAAUGGUGAACGCGUCGGGGUACAAGCUUGUCCUCGUUACAAAUGUUGAGUAUUUCACAUCAGCAGCCUUUGGCCCACCGGGAUUCAGCAUGCAUCAGCAACACCAGCUUCAGCAGAACCAGCGACAACACGUGAUGAUGGUGACGGUAUUGGAUGGCCGAAAGAACCGUCUGGAUAGGUGCCCCGUGACCGAGUUUUCAGACGGGGCGUUUUGCGCUCCUGAGGUGGCGGAGGUCAAAGAGCUGGUGCGAAGAGGGUCACUGCCUCCCUUCUUCAUGGAUAAGUUGGAGGGGCAGGUACGGCAGCUGAGGCAUGAACCCUUCUUCCAUCCCCUCACCAUGAACUCUAAGCCAUGGCUCCCCAUUUCUCCCCAUCCACCUUCCCGCCCUCCCCCCCCCCCCGGAUUGUCUCAGGACAAGUUGGAGGAGCAGGUGCGCCAGAUAAGGCAUAUUUUCUUUGAAACGUCAGUUCUCCUUGACCAUCUCUCUGCACCCACCCUACCCCCUCUACGCAUCUAUGUUCUCUCUUUCCGUUCUCUCGAUUCUCCCGUUUCUUCUCUGUUUUCUUUCCUUCUCCUUUCUCUCUUCUUUUAUCUCUUCCCCUUUCUCUUCUUUUCUCUCUGCCUUCUUCUCUUCUUUUCUCUCUUCCCCCUUCCCUAUUCUUUUCUAUCUUCCCCCUUCCCUAUUCUUUUCUAUCUUCCCGCUUCCCUAUUCUUUUCUAUCUUCCCCCUUCCUUAUUCGUUUCUAUCUUCCCCCUUCCCUAUUCUUUUCUAUCUUCCCCCUUCCCUAUUCUUUUCUAUCUUCCCCCUUCCCUAUUCUUUUCUAUCUUCCCCCUUCCUUAUUCUUUUCUAUCUUCCCCCUUCCCUAUUCUUUUCUAUCUUCCCCGUUCCCUAUUCUUUUCUAUCUUCCCCCUUCCCUAUUCUUUUCUAUCUUCCCCCUUCCCUAUUCUUUUCUAUCUUCCCGCUUCCCUAUUCUUUUCUAUCUUCCCCCUUCCCUAUUCUUUUCUAUCUUCCCCCUUCCCUAUUCUUUUCUAUCUUCCACCUUCCCUAUUCUUUUCUAUCUUCCCCCUUCUCUUCUUUUCUCUCUUCCCCCUUCCCUAUUCUUUUCUCACUUCUCCCUUCGCUAUUCUUUUCUAUCUUCCACCCACCACAUUCGUGGAGUCCCAUCGACUCCUCAUGGACAUUCGGAGCCCAGAAUACCGCCUCACCUUUCUCAACCGCCCUGUACUCCUUGAUGCUGAUGCUGACGGCUCCUCUGCCCCUAGACACCCGCCCUCGCACCCCUCUCUUACCCCUACCACCCAUCCACCUCCCACCCAACCGCUUCCCACCCAACUGCCUCACACCCAACGUCCUCACACCCAGCCGCCUCCCACCCAACCGCCUCACACCCAGCCGCCUCACUCACAACCUCCUCCCACCCAACCGCCUCACACCCAACUUCCUCCUUCUUCCGCCCAUGCCCCCUCCUCCCAACCCCCCUAUUCACAACCCCCUUCCUCCCAACCCCCCUCCGCCCAUCCCCCUUCCUACAUCCCGCCUGCAAGUCUUCACCCAAAUAUCUCUCCUCCCCACAUCCCCCCUCCCCAAAUGCCUCCUCCGCAAAUGCCCCCACCCCACAUACGCCCUCCCCACCCAUGCCCUCCUCUCAACCCACUCCCUCCCAAACUCCACCCCACCACCCAUCCCUCUCCCUACCCCUCCCAUCCCUCCCCAUCCUCCACCCAUCCCUCUCCCUACCCCUCCCAUCCCUCCCCAUCCUCCACCCAUCCCUCUCCCUACCCCUCCCAUCCCUCCCCAUCCUCCACCCAUCCCUCUUCCUACCCCGCCCAUCCUUCCCCAUCCUCCGCCCAUCCUCACCCCUCCUCCGCCCAUCCGUCCCCCACCUCCGCCCAUCCAUCCCCUUUCCCUCCGAACGCGCAUAGUGCCCUGA